AUGGGCCAAAAAUAUUACGAUCUGGCAUCGCGUGCCUUGGCCUGUUAUCAGGCUCUACCAGAUCCAGAUGUAUCCAGGAAACAAGACAAACGACUUCUCAUAGCCCUCGCCGGCCCACCGGGGUCAGGCAAAGGCCGGAUUGCCGCCAAGGUCGCCAAAAUCGUCAAUCAGAGCGGCGUCUCUUGCUCCGUCAUAUCAGUGGACGGAUGCUCCCAGGACUCACACAACGACACUAGUAGUAUACUGCCAAAAAGCCCAUCAUGGACUUUUAAAGGAGCGGCCGCCGUGGACCUGGUUCAGCAAAUACAGAGACAGACUACAGAGCCAAACGACUUGAAGUCUCCCUUCACUAUACACGUGGAAGACGUCGACAGUCACAAUCUCAACGUCGCUGGCGAUGCCUCGAUAGUCAUAUUUGAAGGUCUCUACGUACUUUGCGAGGAUCUCCCAUGGGCACGGAUAUCAAGCUUAGUCAACGAACGAUGGUUCGUGGAGAUUGAUCAUGAAAUUGGCAGGCAGAGGGUCGUCAAACGGUUCUUGGACACUGGUUUCGAAAAGGACUAUGAGGCUGCUUGUACCAGAUAUGACGAAAACGAUGUCUUUAAUGCCGAGUUCAUCAAUCGAACGAGCAAGGAGAGGGAUGUGACGAUAAAGAGUACCAAUCGACGAGACUCUACUGGAUCGAGCUAUUAA